UGAUGAGAAUUGAUGAUCGGACACGCUGAUUUCAUUGUCUGAAGCGGCAGUGGAGACCCAGGAAAAAUCUCGCUGAACCCGCCUGCCCCAGCAGUGGCCUGAUCUGGGUUCCGCUGAUCUCUUUCGUAACCGCACCGCACCCGAGAUGAAUCUACGUUCUGUAUUUACUGUAGAACAACAAAGGAUUUUACAGCGUUAUUAUGAAAAUGGAAUGACAAAUCAAAGUAAAAAUUGCUUUCAGCUCAUAUUACAGUGUGCGCAGGAGACUAAGCUGGACUUCAGUGUAGUCAGGACGUGGGUUGGCAAUAAGAGAAGAAAGAUGAGUAGUAAGAACUCUGAAUCUGGAACAGCAGCAACAGGAACCUCUUUGUCAGCUCCAGACAUUACAGUAAGAAAUGUGGUUAAUAUUGCUCGACCCUCAAGCCAGCAGUCUUCUUGGACAUCUGCCAAUAAUGAUGUCAUUGUAACUGGUAUAUAUAGUCCAGCCAGUUCAUCAAGUAGGCAAGGAACAAACAAACAUACAGACACACAAAUUACAGAAGCACACAAAAUUCCUAUUCAGAAAACAGCCACUAAAAAUGAUACUGAGUUUCAGUUGCACAUUCCUGUUCAAAGACAAGUAGCACACUGUAAAAAUGCUUCCCUACUCCUAGGUGAAAAAACAAUUAUUUUGUCAAGACAGACAAGUGUGGUAAAUGCUGGAAACUCAGUAUUCAAUCACACGAAGAAAAACUAUGGAAACUCUUCAGUACAAGCUUCUGAAAUGACAGUACCUCAAAAGCCUUCCGUAUGCCACCGACCUUGUAAAAUUGAACCAGUUGGGAUUAAAAGGUCAUAUAAGCCUGAACACACAGGUCCAGCAUUACAUAACUUAUGUGGGCAAAAGUCAACUAUUAGAGACCCUUACUGUAGAACACAAAACUUGGAAAUCCGUGAAGUGUUUUCAUUGGCAGUUAGCGAUUACCCCCAGAGAAUUCUGGGAGGAAAUGCACCACAGAAGCCUAAUUCAGCAGAAGGAAAUUCUUUGUCCAUUGCAAUGGAGACUGGAGAUGCUGAGGAUGAAUAUGCCAGAGAGGAAGAGUUGGCAUCUAUGAGAGCACAGAUACCAAGCUAUUCGAGAUUUUAUGAAAGUGGCAGUUCCCUUCGAGCUGAGAACCAAAGUACAACCUUGCCCGGACCAGGAAGAAAUAUGCCAAAUUCGCAAGUGGUGAAUAUUAGAGAUAUGUCAGACAAUGUACUGUAUCAAAACAGAAACUACCAUUUGACACCACGGACCUCAUUACAUACAGCAUCUAGUACAAUGUACAGUAAUACAAAUCCAUUACGGAGUAAUUUUUCUCCUCAUUUUGCAUCAUCAAGCCAAUUGAGAUUAUCACAAAACCAAAACAAUUACCAGAUUUCAGGAAACCUUACUGUGCCUUGGAUUACAGGGUGUUCUAGAAAAAGAGCA